AUGGACACGAUCAAGGAGUUGGGCAAACCAACAGGUUAUAAGCCGCUCUUGAUCCUGACUGGACUUUUCCUGUUCCAGCAAUUUUCCGGGAUUUUCACCUUCCUGUUUUACUCGAUCACGUUCUUUCAAGAGGUGGGUUCAACGAUGAAUCCCUAUCUCACGUCGAUUUUCAUCGGAAUCGUACGCUUUGUCAUGUGCAUGGUCAACACCUACGUCCUGCGAACGUACGGCAGGAGACCGUUGGUCAUUUUGAGUUGUUUCGGGAUGUCUGUCAGCAUUUUCCUCUCCGGGUUUUUCACCCAUUGGGUCAAAACCGGUGUCACUACACUCACGUGGCUUCCUGUCCUCUUCCUCCUACUUUUCGUGUUCACUUCAAUGAUCGGUUUGGUCCCAAUUCCCUACACAAUGACCGCGGAAUUGUUCCCCCUGGAGAUAAGAGGGGUAGCGCACAGUAUUUCCACGUGUCUUGCCAGUAUUUUCACCUUUGCGUCUCUACAACUGUAUCCAGUGAUGUAUCAAGGCUUUGGGGGUAUUCAUGGAGUCCAGUAUUUCUUCGCAGGGGUCACUUUAUUAGCCGCGGUUUACGUCUAUGUGUUUUUGCCCGAAACUCACCAAAAGAAGUUGUCCGAAAUUGAGGACUAUUUCAACAAACCUACAAAGGGUGAAAAGCAACAAAAACAAAUCGUGCAAGAGGUGUAA